GUGAUGUGGGAACCGACAACGGUGCCCUGGAAGUGGCGCUCUGGAAUCUGCUCAUUCUGCCUGCUCUUGUCCCACGGAGAGGGAGCUAGAGGAGCAGCAGGAGCCUCACUAUGGUGCUGGUCUCGGGGUUGUGCAAAGCCCUGCGGCAGCAGAGGGGCCGGGGCAAGAACCCGGCACCGCGGCCUCGGGCCAAGCGCCAUCCGGAGGAGCCGAGCCAGGCACUGGAGUUUGCCCGCAGUGUCGGCGCCCUCGUGCUGGGCCUGGCUCUGGCCAGCAUUUAUGGGGCACUGGUGCUGCUGGUGCAGGGCCACGAUGUCUGGUACUGCCUGUGCAUCACCAUCAUCCUGGGAGCAGGGCUGGGGCUGGGCAUGGCCUUCUCCAGGAACAUGCGGAUGCUCGUGCUGCUGGCACUGCCACACUUCUUCACCAGGGAGGGGAAGAUUCUGAUCGUGAUGCUGGCGCUGUGCAUGACCGUGCAGGGCCCUGGCACCAAUGUCCUGAACAAUGUCUCCCAGCUCGCCAAGGCGCUGUCGUGCGGGGCUGAACUGGCCCAAAACCAGACGGCCGAGCGGCUGGAACGUGCCAAGCAGCCACUGCUGAACCUGCAGAACAAGAUCAAGGACAUUGGCCAGAACGCCAAGGUGGUGAGCGACCGCGUCCGCAAGUUCGUCCGCUCCAUCAUGGGCUCCACCAGACACGUCGCCCGGAUCCUGCACAACGUCUGGCUGUGGCUGUCGAAGGUCGGUGACGUCUGCAACAAGGAGCUGGGCUCACCCUACCAGAGCUGCGUUCGCGCCAUCGAAAAGGCCAAGGACGACUGCGAGCGCGCCCUCCCCCUCCUCUUCUUCAUCUGCUACGUCGUCCUCGGCUUCAAGUGGCUCUGCAACGUGGCUGAUGUUGUUGCCGGCUUAUUCUGCAUCAUCCCACAGUAUAUCCAGGAGUUCGUCCGGGCAAACGUCGCAGCCCCCAUCACGGACGCUCUGAACCACAUCCGCCGGGAGUUUGAGUUCAACAUCUCGGUCGUGCACCACUUCAACGUCAGCCUCAACGCCAGCAAGAGCCUGGGGCAGGUGUCCCGGGACAUAAUGGAGGCUGUGCAGCUCCACCUGGAGCCCUACCACCACGGCCUGGAGGUCUUCUCCUACAUCUCCUUCUGGGCCAUCCUCUACUUGUGCUUCCACGCGAUGUGGUACCGGCGCCGCUACCUGUGGGACGACACCUUCGACAACGUUUACAUCACGCGGCGCUUCGUGGAGCUGGACCUGCGGCGGGCGGAGCAGGGCAGACCCACCGUGCUGCCCCUGACGGCGCGGGAGAGGGGCCGCUACAUCCCCCCAGCCGCGCUGUGGCUGUCAAAGAAAGAGAGGCGGCAGUAUGGCAUCCAGCUGAUGGGCUUGCUGCGCCACGUGCUGCUGGGCUUCAGCAUCAUCCUGGCCGACUACAGCAUCUUCUGGCUGCUUGACCUGUUCCGGCACCAGCUGAGCGCGGAGAUCGUUGCCAGGGCGCCAUCGACAGUGGCUGUCAGCGUCAACGGGACGGGCUACACCAGUGAGAUCUUCCAGGAUCUGGUGUCCGCCUUCAACGCGCUGCAGGAGGGCAAGGUCUCGGUGCUGUCCCAGGCCUGCCUCAUCGAGCCCAUGGAGCCCGACCACAACACCUACAUCACCAUCGGAAUCCUGUACGGUCUCUGGCUUUUCAUCACCAUCUUUGGCUCCUACAUGGCACGCCUGCGCCAGGCAGUGUGUGCCGCCUACUACCCGUCCCGUGAGCAGGAGCGCAUGGUCUUCCUCCACAACAUCAUCCUGGCACGGCGGGAGUGGGUGGCACUUGCCCUGCGCUCAAGUGGCACACAGGGCACGGCUGAUGGUAGGAAAAGCAAACUCUUCCUCAUCCUCAUCUCCAGGUUCCCUGUCCUUGCCCGCCUCUCUCGCUUCCUUGGCAUCCAGCAGAAACACUGCCUGGCCUGUGGGGCAGUGGAGCAGCCGGGUUUCAGUGCGUGCAUCACUCCCAGCUGCAGAGGGUUGUUUUGCAAGGAGUGCUCCAGAGCCCUGAACAACACCUGCUCUGUCUGCAUGGCCACCCUGAACUACCCGGGCUCUGUGGACGAGGAGAUGGACUCCAGCGAUGAGGAGAUGCUUGACUACAAGGAGCAGGCUGAGAGCAAGGGCAGCGAGCUGCGGGAGGUGGUGGCUCGGUGGCCACCCAGCCCUUCCCACCAUGUUCCACUGGGGAACGUGACAGAACGUGGAGAACCCCAUGACAGCACCGGUGUUGGUUCUAGGGCAGCAUCCCACCGUUCUCAGCUCCAGGAAGAGCCCUCGGCUGGGACAGAGACACGCAGGAGGAAGAAACGUCCCAACACAACCCUGAAGCGAGUGGUGGUCGCGGUCCUGCCCGGCCCGUGCAGCCGGUUCCUCUGGAGCCGGCCGGCCGAGCAUCGCUGCAGCAAGAUCUUCCUGGGCGCUGGCUUCGGGAUGCUCCUCAGCCUCGGACUCUGCCAGCUGCUCAUCAUGCCUCUGGACCUGUCAGAGUCAUACAGGGUGAAGCUUACCUGGGGGCUGACGGGGGUGACUGCCUUGGGCUGGGCCACGUCCCCCCACUUCCGCUGUGCCAACCUGCUCAUGGUCCCCAAGUUCCUGGGCAAAGAGGGUCGGCUUUAUGUUCUCUCCUUUACAGCUGAGGGUUUCUGCCUCCCCCCAGCUGUGCUCGAGAGUGGUCGUCAGCGCUGCUUGGACUAUUUCAAACAGCUGCACAGGAGCUGCCUGGCAAAAGUGUCCGUGCCCCUCAUCAACCACGUCCUCUGCCUGCCCAUACGGAUCGGGGUCCUCUGCCAAGCAGUCAAGCUCAUGAGCUCCUGGUGUGAGGAGAGGAUCCCUGUGGACAGCAACUUCGGGAAGGUGUUUGACCAGGUGAACGACUCUGUCCAAAACCUCGGCCAGGAAUUCACUGCCAGCAUCGUCUACAAGGAGGAGCACCAGGAGAUGUUGGUGGGCAUCAACAUAGUGGAGCAGUUGCAGGAGGAGGUGACCUCGCAACUGCGGGAGGAAGGCGCCCGCCUGGGCUUGGCCGUCUCCUUCUUCCGCCUGUUGCUGUCCUUCACCUUCCUCUUCGUCUUCUUCUCGGCUUUCUACUACACCUACCGGUACUGCCACGACAUCGGCUUCGACAACUGCUACAUCACCACCUACUUCCGACAGAUCGAUGCCCGGCGUGGAGAGCAGGUUGGGCAAGGGGGACAGGGGUGGAGGGUGGCCUCCCACGCCUGGUGA